AUGUCCAAAAUAAAGGCAAUAGCCCCCGAGUCUCUGUCGUCGCAGGAAAUGAUUUCAUGUGAGCUGGAAUUGUAUGUCCUCAUCAGUGGACUGACCGCACCCGACUAUUCAGAUAUUUCAGAUCUCAUAAACUGCCUCAAGAUGUUCGACAACGAGGAAGCAAAAAUCAGGUCAGCCAUUAGAAGGCAUGAGGACGCAUUGGCAAACCCAACUUCGAAUCACGAUCGCAAGACCAGAACAAAAAAGCCCAAUGUCCAGGACCUCAUUGGUGAAAAGCUGGCGAAGAGCAAAACACUGCAUGAGCAGCGAGUGAUUGUGCAAGCAAAGCUUGACUUUCUUCAUAAAUUCAAACAAUCUCACCGGCAAUAUGCUGGCCCUUCAAAUGCGACAGUAAACCCUCAGGAAGAAAGAGGGCAAAACGCUUCAAAUAGUGAUGAAUCGGACCUCACCGACAUUGACGAAGAAGGUCAAACUACCACUGGCAAGCAUAAUAUCGAAGACUCUUCAAAGCAUGUCAUUAGGAACGGUAGAAGAGGUAUAGAGAAACAGGGGCAACUAUCAGAGGCACCAACCAAGGCACUUGAGAGAGCUGAGUAUGCUUUUAUCACCGAAACCGACCAGAAAGCUGCGUUGAUUGGUCCAUCUACUGAGCCGAGGAUCAGCGAUCCAAAGGAAAUUAAAGCCGCUGAAAUGAAAGCCGCAUACGUCGAUAAAGGAUCCUCUCAAACUCAGGACACACAAAAUCUUGUCGAUAGCGAGAAGCCUUUGUUAAGAGAUAUGCACACUGUGACUGCCCAGGAAAACGAGGUGCAAGUAGACAAGUCCACUGAGAACAGGGAUGGGGAUGGGGAUGGAGCCCUUGGAGCACUGGACUCGAAAGGAGAACGUACUGCCAUUGCCGGGCCAAAAAAAAGGAAGCCAGCAGAAGGUACCACGGGACUCACUACUACGGGCGAGGGUCCUGCAAAGAAGUCGAGGAAAUCUUCUCGCCCAGGCCCAGGAAAAAACUCAAAGGAAAUGAAGAGUCGGACUGACAGCGGCACAGAGGAGCAAAUGUCAGAGGUUGCCGAAGAUGGUAAAUUCAAUGAAGAUAAUGAUUUGGAUGACGACGAUACCAUCAUCAACCUCGUAGGCCCAAGGCAUCCUGAUGAAAAGAUGGCUGAUUUCAACAAACGAAGAGCGAAGAUGGAUCAACUCCAAGCCAAGGCCCGUAAAGAAUUCCGACUUUUCCAUGAAUACCCCAUUGGAGGAAAAAUCAGCCCAAGGAUUCGUCGGCUGAGCCAGGAAGUACCAUGGUUCGUCCCGGAGGGCGGAACUAUGAGCAGAGAGUUGUCGGUAAAACUUCUUACAAGCGGGCAAGGUAAUAUAUUGUGCCCAUAUCACGCAGUAAAGGACAAGGCAACCAGGGUGCGUGACGAAGACGGGAAACAUGGAACUCGGGACCCCAGCCUCACUGGUGUCCCUAAGCGACCCACGAAAGCGAAAUCUCAUGCAGGAAAUCCACCAGAUGGGUACAUGCAUUGCGGAUGUGAGCUGGAUUUAGUUUUACUAGAAUUUUAUUAUUGGAAGACAGGGAGAAUCUAUUCGCCGACUCUGGAGAUAUGGGAGACGUGGAAAAAUGAGCAGAUGAACCCAAGAGUGCGAGCUUUUGUUUAUGGGGACUGGGAGAAAAAAACGGGGUUGAAGUUGGAAAAGAUGUGGACACGAAAGCCUAAUAAUAAUGUUGGUGGCCGCGGGGCUCUAACGAUGAUCAGGUCUGAGGCCGAGGUGUUAGAGGACCAGAUUAAAACCUUACAGGCACGUAGAGAUGCUCUUGAACCGCCAGAGGAGGAGGAAAAGUCUUUAUUGUAG